GGUAUCCGCCAACCGGGUGACCAUUGUUACCGCCGUUGUUGGGGUUGGGCUGGAGACGAGGACGCGUGGGCCUGCUACCCCCGUUUGGUGGGUAAGGGCGGGGUGCGUACGGUCCGUUGUAGAAGUACAGUGCGUCGACGCCAUCGCCGACCUCGGAGGGUGGGUGGAUGGGGUAGUUGGGUCGAGGCAGUGGGCGAGGGGAUGAUGUGGGCACACCUGGUGUGCUGGGUGGGAUCACAUCGGGUCUGAACUCAGGUGGGUUGGGGAUGGGGUUGAUAAUGCCUGAGUCGCUGGGUGCAGGCGUGGGAGUAAGGACAGGGACGUCAGGAGUAGACUGGAUCGGGCCGGCAGAUGCACCAGGGCCAGACUCGACAGGCUCAGAGAUCACAGGAGUUGAUGAGACCUCAGGAGUGGAGGACACCUCAGGAGCAGUUAUUGGGACUGAUACACCAGGAGUAGACUCGGAGGGAACAGAGACUGGGACUGAUACACCAGGAGUAGACUCAGGAAUGCCGACGGGUAGCGAUGCUCCAGGAGUUGGCUCGAUGGGGACGGAGACUGGAACGGAUAUGCCAGGAGCGGACUCUGGAAUAUCGACUGGCAAUGAUGCACCAGGAGUCGACUCGACAGGAACAGAGACAACUGGAGUGGACGGGACCAGAGGCUGCGGGACAAGUUAGUCAUGCUCGUUACCGUAACUAUGCGACGUAGCGCUGCGCAUCGUCAUGAAGUUAGUGAGCGGAG